CAAUAAUGUCUCAACAAAACAUAGGUGGUGCAAGCUCUUCAAACGAUGAAGGAGCAGGUAGCAGUAGGGAACAAGACCGUUUGUUGCCUAUAGCUAACGUUGGUCGCAUAAUGAAAAAUAUUCUUCCACCAAAUGCAAAAAUAUCAAAAGAAGCAAAAGAAACAAUGCAAGAAUGUGUGUCUGAGUUUAUUGGAUUUGUGACUAGUGAAGCAUCGGAUAAGUGUCGGAAAGAGCGUCGGAAGACGGUGAACGGCGACGACGUUUGUUGGGCAUUAGGAACAUUAGGGUUUGAUGAUUAUGGUGGAGCAUUGAAGAGAUAUUUACAUAGAUAUAGAGAGAGUGAAGGUGAAAAAGUUAAUCAAGAACAAGCAGGAGGAGGAUCAGGAUCUCAUCAACCAAGAAAUUAUCUCGAUUAAUUAGGGUUUUAAUUUCUUCUUGAUUUUUACUAAUCUUUGUUAAUUAAUUACAAAGAUUUGAAUUUGUUUAAAUGGAAUCAUAUACAAUAAACACAUCCUUGAUUUUCAAA